AUGUCGAGGAGCGCUUCAUCAAGUGCCCCUAUGUUGACAUUCGCAAGCGCUGAUGCGCGGGCCUUGCUGCACCAUUGUUCCACGUUGCAUCAGUGCUACUUUGCACAGAAUACUUCACAAGCGCCUGCCAUUUUUCAGAUGUCUCCAAGGGCCACUGGGGCCCAAGGGGCCAGCCGCUUCCCCCCACCCGCCUCCCCAACUCCCUGCGGAGAGGACCCUCGCACUUCGUCGUGGAUGGACAACAUGGAGGAUCCUCAGGGCGCCCGCGCGGCGCUGAGCGCCGCCCUCGAGCGUCCCCACAUCUGCCGGGCGCUCCACCAGGGCUUCGUGACCCCCCUGCUCCCCAUGGGAUUCACCCUCAAGAUCGAGCUCAAGGACUCGUGGGAUGACGGCGGGUACGUGGGCCUGUGCGGGCUGGAGGUGUGGGAGGCCGUGGGCGGGAGGUGUGAAAUCGAUGGGGGUAGAUUCUUCGCCGUCCCGCACAGCAUUCGGGACCUGCGAGGGAUGCAGGAUGAUGCCAGGACACCUGACAAGCUUCUCGACGGCGUCAACGACGGCAGCUCCGCCCACAGCUGGCUGGCGCCUCGCCAGCCCGACGGCCGCCCCAACAUAAUCUUCAUCCCCUUCGACAAGCCCUUCAUGCUCUCGCUGCUCAAAUUCUGGAACUACCGGCGGACGCCCAACCGGGGGGCGGCCCACGUCGCCAUCAGCCUCGAUGACGCAAUCGUCUACGACGGUCUUCUGGCCCGAGCGCCGCCUCUGGAACCCGUGUCCAGAGAUUUCUGCCAGUCGAUUAUUUUCGACAAUAAUCCAAAGGUGUUGGAGGCAGAGGGCCCGAAUGUGCGCGUGGUGGAUGAAUCCGACUUCGGGAGAGAGGUGCAGCUGUUCGAACGCUCGGUGCGGGUGGAGUGGCGUGGGGGCGGGGGCAGGGGUGCCUCGGAACAAGGGCGCCCAGCGACGGCUGUGGUGAAUGCCGGAUACGGGAUUUAG